AUGCCCCCCAAACGAGCCUGCGACAUCUGUAUCGCCCGCAAAAUAAAAUGCAGUGGCUCCUGGCCCUGUGACUCCUGCAGCAGCGCCAUCAAACGCGUACCAUGUACAUAUUUGAGACCGGCGCGCAAACGGGGGCCUAAGGGGCGCAGCCCGGCCGGCAGUCAUCAGCAAGAAAUCCAGCCUGCUGCUGCAGAGGAUGUUCGGGAGAGUUCCUGCAAUAUAGGGACACAGGGUAUUCCUCCGCUCAUUUCCAAGGAGGUCCUCGCCUCGGUCGUGCGUCUGUACCAGCAGCACUCCUACAGUGUAUGGCCUGUCGUCAAUGCUGAUGCCCUGCUGCAAAGGCUUGUCGACAUAGAACCGGAUAAAAAGUCUGGAAGCACAUCAUGUCUUGCAACGGCACUCUGCGCAGCCACAAUGGCGCAACUGCAGCUCCCCCAAUUUGUCGACGGGGACCGAGCCGUGGACGGUGCUGUGCUGGCACAAGCUUGCCUCUGGAUGCGCGAACACGAAAACUCACAAAACGAGCAACACCUUGAUAUUAGCAGCAUUUUAGUCUCCUUUUUCUUGCAUGUCUAUUAUGCAAAGGUCAACCAGCCAAACAAGGCGAUGAUGUUUAUUCAAGAGGGGAUCGCUCGAGCUCAGAUUCUGGGCUUGGACGAAAGGCAGACCAAUGUAGCGGGACUGGAUGGGCCACUGAUUGCGAAUUGCAACCUAGUCUUCCCGUUGCUCUGGGUAUCCGAGAGGUAA